AUGGGCUCCAUCAAAUUCCUCCUACUCUCAAGAACUUCACCCAAAACUCUUUCUCAACUUCUCCAACCCACUCCUUCGUAUUCCCUAAGAAACUUUCACUCCCUCAUCUCCCAACAAUUCAAUUCCUUCCAAACUUCCACCUUCUCAUCUUCUGCUCUUGAACUACCAGAAACUGGAGCAUCUUCUCUAAGCCUCGAUACUCGUGUCCCUGCUACUGUAAUCACUGGCUUUCUUGGCUCGGGAAAGACAACUUUACUGAACCAUAUUUUGACAUCUCAACAUGGCAAGCGGAUUGCAGUCAUAGAAAAUGAGUUUGGUGAUGUGGAUAUUGAUGGAUCGCUGGUUGCCAGUCAUUCCACUGCGAGACUUGCUAAGCCAGGCCCAGUUAUAGAAACAUUCUGCUCUGAUGAGCUGGUUUCGCGUUAUGUGAAACUGGAUGGAGUUGUUACUAUGGUGGACUCCAAGCAUGCCUUGCAACAUUUGAAUGAAGUAAAACCAAGAUUUGUUGUAAACGAGGCAGUAGAACAAGUUGCUUAUGCUGACCGAAUUAUAUUGAACAAGGUCAAUUUUGAUUUCGUCCCUGAAAGCAAAGAUUUGGUGUCUGAGGAUGAAAUGAAGAGAUUGACUAUGAGAAUCAAGCAUAUCAAUGGGAUGGCUCCAAUUAAGCUAGCCAAAUAUGGCUCUGUUGACAUGGCCUUUGUUUUGGGAGUGGGAGGAUAUGAUCUCGAAAGGUUACUGCUACUCCCUUUGAAACACCAUGGAAUGCAUCAUCACGACCACGUGCAUGAUUCUGCUGUAUCUAGUGUCAGUAUAGUUUCUGAGGGAAGGCUUGAUCUUGAUGAGGUCGACGAUUGGCUUGAAAGGCUAAUUGAAGAAAAAGGUGAGGACUUGUACCGGAUGAAAGGUGUCUUGUCCGUCACCAGCUCUGAUCAACGAUAUAUUUUCCAGGGGUUGCAUUCUUUUUUGGAUGGUUGCCCAGGCGAAACUUGGGGACCUGAUGAGAAGAGAAUAAACAAACUUGUGUUCAUAGGAAGAAAUUUAGAUGAAACUCUACUCAGAAAAGGUUUUAAAGGUUGCCUAGUGUGA